AUGCAAAAAUAUUUAAAGUCAUUAUCUUUUUCUUUCAAUUUUUUUUGCACAAUCCUCUCUUUCUCUUUGUUUUUUUUUUUUUUCUUCUCUCUGUCUUUUUCACAAGGCUCUUUUUCUCGUCCAUUUUCGCUUUUUCCAUCACUCUUUUUUUUUCAUUCUCACAAGCCUAUCUUUCUCUUCAUUUUUUUUUCUUUUUCCAUCUCACAAGCUCUACUCUUUCUUCUCAUGUCUCUCUUUUUCUUCCCUCAUUCUCACAAGCGUUUCUUUUCUCUUCAUUUUUCUAUUUUUCCAUUUCUUUUUCUCACAAGCCCCCCACCACCUUCUCCUCAUUUUCCGCUUUUGUUAUUUCUUACAAGUGUCGCCACUCUCCAUUUGUCUCUCAUUUUCUCUCUCUGUUUCUACCAAUUUUUAUCGAUCUUCAUCACUCUUUGUCACAAACCUCCUUUUCUCAUAUUUUUUUUCUUUUUAUGUCGCUUUAUCACAAGACUCCGUUUCUCUUCUUUUAAUCUUUUUCUCUUCCUUUCCUUUUAUUUUUUUUUACUCUUUUUCCUUUUCUUAUUCUCGCAAGCCUUUCUUUCUCUAGUUUACUCUAUUCUCUAUCUCUUUCUCACUAGCUUCCGUUUCUCUUUUUUUUCUUUCUUUCAUUUUCACAAGCCUCGGUUCUCUUCAUUUUUUUUUCUUUUCUCUAUCUCUUUCUUACAAUCUACGUUUCUUUUCUUUUUCCCUUCUUCUCUCAUUCUCACAAGUCGUUCUUUCUCUUCAUUUUUCUCUUUUCUCUGUGUAUUUCUCACUAGCCUGAUUCGCUUAAUUUCAUUUUGCAUCAUUUCUUUUUCCACCUCUCUCUCUCUUUUUUUUUUGUACUUCUAA